AUGUCGGAACUCAACGAAUUCCUGGUCCUACUGCACGACAAGCCGGGCAUGUUGCAGACGCGCUCGAACAACGUACAGGCGCAUAUAGCCCACCUGAAGAGCCUUGUCGAGUCAGGCACCGUCGUCAUGUCCGGACCGACUCUUUCCGCACACCCCAAGACCGCCGGCGAGGACCUUGCUAUCAACGGUAGCUCUGUGGUUGUUCGUGCGAACUCGGAGGAGGAAGUCCGCGCCUUGAUCAACGACGACGUCUACGCCAAAAUCGGCGUCUGGGACCUCGAGAAAACCACCAUUAUCCCGAUUAAGUGCGUCGUGCGAAAGCCUCUAUGA